CUGACAGAAUAUGGAUCGUAAGAAUGUUCAUUCAUUCAUGAAUAUUAUUUUAUACUGGAAUUAAGAGAAUGUGAUGAACCUUGUUUCUGUUCUAUCAAAGAAUAUUUUUAAUGUUCUAUUUUGAAACAUAUGUUGCAGGGCAAUUGAUUGUAUUGGUCAGUUAAACAUAAUGUAAGUGCCAGUUGCAAUGGCGGGAGUUUAUGAUUUAAGUGCAGUUUGUGCAGAAUGCAAUUCAGAUAAAGUAGCAGUUAGAAACAAAGCUAUUGAGCGUUUAAAUGGAUUAUUAGUAAGCCAUAAAGAAGAUGUUUUCCUGCUAUUGAAAAAUGAUUACCACCGUAAAGAUAUAUGUUGGAAAGUUAUGUUUGAAAGUGCCAUUAACGCAACUAUUAAGCAUUCAGUUUGUCUAGAUGAUAUACGACUUACGAAAGGCACUCAAAACCUUCAAAACAAAAAUUAUUUCUAUAGAAGUGUUGUUAACAAAAUACUGGACUACAAUGUAGAAGAAAAUUUCUUGACAAAAUCUGCAAUAUUUACCGCCUUUAUACAAGGUUUCGAAAAUCACAGCACCAUUAAACAUUUCGGUGCAUUAUUUUUAAAUCUUUUGGAUCGAGGCCUUUACAAAUCGCUUAUGUAUGUGCAGGACAUUAAAUUAAACGAAUUCAGUCGUAUUUUAUCAUAUUUGUUCGAAGUUAAUGUCGAAAAUGAGGUACUUCGUUUUGCGAUCUUACAAACAAUAAUAAAAACUAUUGAAAUCGGCACUCAAAAUGUUGUCUUAAAUUUUGACCUUAUCGGAUAUCUGCCGGAAAUAUAUGUAUAUGCACAUAAAGCAUCUGAUGAUCGUAAAAAGUUUGAUGUUUUAAGGCUUUUUUAUAUAUUUGUUAUAAAUCUUUCAAUAGAUUAUCAUUUUACUAUUGGAACGGAUUUACAAAAACUUAUACCGGUUUUGUGUGGAUAUUAUUUUACUUUAAUGAAAAGUGAAGCAAAGGAACUCUUCUUUAAGUCCGUAUACAAAUUUUUAAAAUAUUUAUAUCCUAACAUAUGUAACGGUGAUAACAGUACUUUUCCAAUUACACUUAAUGAAAAUUGGUCAAAAACAUUGAAAAAAUUAAUGUCUAUAGUCGAUAUGGAAAUAAAAGCCAAUAGAUUACAACAAGAUCAAAUUGAUUCGGAUGUAUGUGCACAAAGUUUUAUAAAUGUAGCAUCAUUAAUAAUUUAUUUGUUGCAGUGGAACAUAAUAGAAGAUGAUAUGGUACAAUCAAAAUCAAAAAUACCUAAACUGAGUGACCCAUUAGAAAUCGUGCUUAAUUUUGUUCGUGAAAAUUCUGCUUCAAAUGAGAUAUGGUUUUGUAUUUUAAGUACCUUAAUUUCCAAUUAUAAUUGUGUACUUAACUCAACUAAUUACGUCGAUGUAUUAACUACUGUUUUACUCAUGUAUGAAGAAAGAACAACCAGAAAUAUUUUGUACAUUAUAAAUACUUGCAUACGUGCAUUAUUAAAGUUUGAACUUCAUUACGAAAUGUGUCAUGUUGUUAAAAAAUCCAUUGAACAAUUGUGGAAAAAAUUUACUGAUCUGUUGGUUUCUGAAAUUUCCAAUGGCUCGGAAAUUAUUAUAGAAAAACAAAAAUUACUUCAAACAGUUAUACCAUAUGGAAAGAUGUCAAAAAAUCAGUGCGAAGCCUUGAUACAGUCAUUUACAACUAUAAACACAAUGAGACGUAAUGAGUGCAUUAUAACUGUUCGUUCAAUUUUGGAUAAUUCAAAUAUUUGUGGAAUUGAUAAAGGUUCGGAUAUUUGUGUCAGCAUAUUAACAUGGUUAUAUGAUACGAAUACAAUAUCUUCUGAUGUCAGAAGUUUAAUUCGAAAUGUUAAAUCAAUUGAUACGGAAUUGAUUUCAGAUACAGCAGCAUCUGCAGUUAUUAACUUUUUGGAAAAAAAGUCUUACAAUGAAUCUGAUCACAUUGUUGAUUAUCAUACACAUUUCGAUAUUCUACAAUAUAAAUAUUUAAGGAAAUGUGUUUUUAUAAAUAAAAAUGAAAAACAAAUUCAACUUUUUAAUGAAGAAUCUUUAAUGAUUUCUAAAGCAGUUUUGAGUAACUGUCUAUUUCAAAAAAAUUAUGGAGUUCUAUUAGAGAUACUAGACUUGGAAAAAUCUAAAAACAGUACUAUUAAUGAUAUUUUGUAUGAUCUUAAUUGUUUAUAUAAAAUAUCUUCUGUUAUGAAGUUCUUAUUGCAAUAUAAAGCUUUUAACAAUGACAAUUACACUCAAUGUCCUCUAACAAAACGUAUCCUUGUAUUUUUGAACCAUAUAGAGAAUGCUGUUGUGCAAGAUCGCAAGCAAAGAAUACUGGUACAAGAACGGAAACUUCGCCCAAUUUGGCGCACGUAUUGA